UCCGCAACUUCCAGUUUCCCAUUCCUUUCCCCUUCCUUGAAUUGUCAAUGCAUUAGCAACAAUAAUCAAAACACAACUGUACAUUAUACAUUAUUCAAAAGACAAACUGUUGACCUAUCAUCUAUCAUAAUUCCCCCCUCUCUAUCCCAUGGUUUUGUGAUACAUACAUACUCUCAUACUCUCAUACUCUUUGACUUUGAACCGGGGAAGGAAGGAAGGAAGUAUUGCGUUGCUUGCUCGGUGUUACAUUACUGCAUUACGACGCCAUCAGAAGGCACCGAUCAUCAAUAAUUAUUCUUUGAAAUAAUCCAUAUCUCCUUUUCAAUACCCAUCACAUUCAUACCCAUUGAUUCUAUCACCUGCCGUUUUCAAUCAUGUCAAAUCCUCUCGAUACCGAUGCAGGCUCGGAGCUCUUCAGCAGUUAUGAAGCAGAGCUCAAACUCGUUCAAGCCGAUUUAAAUCAAAAGUUGGACCAAAUCCCCGACCUUACUGGAGAACCUCGUAAAGCUGCCAUAAGUCAAGCUGAGAGAGCAUUAGAAGAGGCAAAUGAAUUGCUUGAUCAAAUGCGACUCGAGAAACAAAAUAUCCCUUCUGCAACUCGUACCAAAGUUAACCAACGAUUUCGAAAUCAUGAAUCAGAUGUGGAUGUAUCAAAGAGGAAACUGAAGACUUUACAAAACGACCGAUCAGCUCUAUUUGGCUCACGCUAUUCCGAUAAUCCAAACGAUGUCCAACUCGAACAAAGACAACAACUUCUAUCAGGAACAGACAGAUUAGACCGAAGCUCGCAGAGACUAAAGGCCAGUCAAGCAUUAGCCAAUGAGACGGAGGCUAUUGGUGCUAGUACGCUCGCAGAUUUACACAGACAGAGAGAGACCAUUCAACAUACACAUGACACAUUGAUACAGAGCGAGGGGUUUGUUGAUAGAAGCGUAAAAACGUUGAGGGGGAUGUCUCGUAGGAUGGCUACCAACCGGAUAAUCACCGUGGCCAUUAUAACAGUCUUAGUUCUUCUUAUCAUUGCUGUUAUUGUUAGCAAGUUCAGAUAGACUUCUUGCAUUUGGACGGGGGCGUUCUUUGUUGCUUGGUUCUCAAUUACACUUUGCCAUAGGCUGAUUUCUAAUAUAACUUUGUACUAUUGGUUUACAUAAAAUGGUUCCAAAUAGCAA